GCGUCAAGUCUUCGCCCGACCGGCUGGCGCAGGUCGAUGCGGCGCUCGACCACAGAGAAAACGGCGCCCUAGGGGUAUGGAUGGACGGAAUCAUGGACGGCAGCGACGUCUGGUGUGUUGAACGCCUGAGUAGUAGUAGGAGAGAGUGGCGUGGACGCAGCAGCAACGCUUUGAUGGCCGCGGAACCCUUCUCUGUCAAAGCAGAACGUCGCUGGGCCUCCGGAUGACAAUCCGAACUGGUGUGGUGUAUUCCAGGCGGUCCAGCACUACACUCGUCGCCACGUCUGUUUGGUUUUCAGUCUGAUCUCUCUGAUCUCGGGGCCCCGGGGAACGGCGGGUCGACUUCCAGGUCCCGCCCCUUUUUGACCAUUUUCCGCAUAUCUGUACGGAUUGUGACCUUGCGUUUGGAUGUACGUAUUCGACGCUUUACAUUUUAUUUAUUUUUCUUUUCUUUUCCUCUCCUCGAAUUGUUGUAUCUUCGUCCGUUUUCAUGUUCGCCCUCCGUUAUCUUGGCAUCGAUGCCGGCAACGUCACUCUCCAAAGUUAUGGUUUCCGUUCCCCUGGCAGAAUUCCGGUAGUUCGGUUCACAAACUCAGCCAAGUCGCGCCGCAGGGUGACACAACAUUCUUCUCCCUCCAUAUGCGCGCUUGUGGUGGAAUCCCGCCAUUUGCUGCAGAUAAUACCGAUGCCUUUAUUGUCAUCACAUCGAGGAUUCAAAUCCACGAUGCUUUCAGUGACUCCUAAUCAAGUACCGCGAAACUGAGCAACAAGCAAAAAAACGGAUAACAGACGGAAGAGCUGCGAGUCAAGAAACGGUCCGUCCUCACGGCCGUGCGAGCAACGGAAAUCAGAAUAAUAUUAAUAUUUAAUAAAACAAAAAUACAUUGGAG